AGUUACUAAAAUAGUAAAAAUGCUCUCGAAUUUGAAUAUUCCAGACAGUGUUAAGGCGCAAAUUAUGCAGCAGCUAGGUGUGUCAGAGUCCCAUAUACAGGAUGCUUUGGAGGUAGCUCAGCGGUCUGAACAUGCUGGCUCUACCCCUUUUCUUACACUCAUGACACAGGCUAUUGAAUAUUUGAAGACAAGUCCAGUAUGGGAGAAGUUUCAAACAUUACAUUCAAUAAGGGACCAGGUUAAAUGUAUCGGUGAAAUGGUUUCAACUAACUCUCAUCUGGAUUUGAAGAUUCAAUCUGUUAUUCAGCCUGCCAUCGAAUCUAACAACACCAACAACAAUAACAGUUCUAUCUCAUCCUACCGAGCAGAUGGAAAUAAAGAGUUUAAAAAACGUGAAUUUAGUAAAGCAUUAGUGCUUUAUAACCAAGCAAUCAGAACAUCAAGGGGAGACGAACUAGGGUUUGCGAUUGCAAACAGGUCUGCAGUUUACUUCCAACAGAGGGAGUACAUGUACUGCAUAAAUGAUUGUGAGGCUUGUAUACUGUUCCACUACCCAGCAAAUAUGCAGUACAAAAUAUUAGAAAGGCAAGGAAGGUGCUACAUAAACCUAGGUUUGGAGCAGAAGGCUCAGGACUGUCUAACCCAGUCUCUUCAUCUUGUGACUCAAAGUGGGAUGAGUAAACAAGAUAUUGAGAAAUUCAGAGAAGGGGUACAGGUUGAGCUGAACAAGAAAAUUGAAAAGAAAGAAACCAAAAAACAAUCUAAAGAGCAGUUGACCGUUACAGACCCACAUCCAGAGUGUGAGAAUAUAAACAAAGCAUUAGAGGUUAACUAUACUGAGGAAAAAGGAAGGUUUACAGUCACACAAGAUAACAUUCUCCCAGGUUGUGUAUUGUUGAAGGAUACCCCUGUCACAUGGUUCCUGUCCUUCAACUGUACUGCAACAAACUGUACACACUGCUGUACUGCAAUAACAAUCAACAGGCCAUAUUAUCCAAAUCCUUUGUUUGGAAUUGAUCCUGCACUUUUCUGCUCCCUGACAUGUCUGAAACAGGCCCUUGAUACCUAUCUGCCAUGGGAGUCUAAACUGAACCUUAAGAAAAUAUUUCAAAUGGAUGAAGGAAAAGGAUGUGAUGAAAUAUCUGGUGGCUUACUUUUAACUCUCAGAUUAUUUACACAGCAUAAAAAACAUCUUUUCAUGCAGUUGCAAAGUGAAGAAAAACUAGUGCCAGAGUUUAGCAGUCAGCUUGAAAGAGUUCAGACCGUGUUUGGUAUGGUUCGGCAUAAGGAAGUUAGAAACAAAGCCGACCUUCUAUCUGUUUGUUUGAAGACGACAUUUGUUAUUAAACUUCUGCUGCAGUGUGGAUACUUAGACGGGGAUCAAGUGUCCAAUGAGAACCUAGACAUUGCUGAACUUGUUUACAAAACAAUCCAAGCAGUACAGUACAACACUCAUCCAAUUGAUCAGGCAACUGGAGUUAUCAGGCCUGAUUCCCACAUAAACCUUGUAGAGCUUGGUUCAGCUGUUUAUCCUAGAAUUGCAACCUCCUGCAAUCAUUCAUGUGAUCCAUCUACAGUUAGGUUGAAUAUUGGAAAGGAUGUGUACCUAGUAUCAAGACGACAUAUAUUUCAGAAUCAGGAGAUUUCAGAUUGUUAUGGUUUUCAUUAUACAUCACUGGAAACUAAAGAACGAAAAAGAAGAAUAAAAAGGUGGUACAACUUUGAUUGUAAAUGCACUGCAUGUACACUAAACUAUCCAGUUCUAGCAGGUCUAGAAAGUACAACUAGCAAACAGGUUAAGGAACUAAUGGAACGGGUGAGAAAGCAGCUGGAAACAAAGAAUCCGGCCUGUUUGCAGUCUACAAUACAAUUCUUAAGUCUUUUACAGGAAAAGAACUUUAAGCACCCACAUAAGGCUUAUGAGGCAGGAAGUCAUCUCCUCUCUUGUUCACUGUGGUCACAGUGGGGGAAUAAAGCGACUUGAAAAACACUAUUUAAAAAUUACCUAAAUAGUAACUUUGCAAUUUUCUUUGUUAGUUUUUUUACCUGGAAAAGCUACUCUUGAUUUUAAAGAGUACAGACAAGCAAGUACACUACUUAGAUGUAUCUUAGUUUUUACAUUUUAUUUUUAAAUUAAAUAUUUUGAACAAAAUUUUAAAAUAAGGUAUCUUAUUUAAAAAGGAAAAAAAGGUGUUUUUCAUAAUUUUUUACACUUUUUAGAAUUGUUGAUGGACAAUUGAAAUUGUCAAUUAUUCAUUUUUAGUUUUAUAAAUUUUUUCAUAAUUUUUCUAUCAGAAUAAAGCAAAUAAAUUUUUUUUAUUGAAAAAAAUUUUGUACAUCAUAGAAACAUCAUACCGUGUUUAUUAAUUUCAUAUUAUUAUAAGAAUGUGCGACAAUAUUUUAACGUUCUUAAAAUAAAGAUUAUGAGAUCUGAA